CUCUCUCUCUCCCCCCACUCCUGCACAUCUCUGUCACACAAUUGCAGACUCGCAGCGGCUCUCCCCCCUGAGCAUCAUCUCCACCAUCGGAGAUCCUCCUCGUGUCUGUGUUCUGCCGGGUGGACGCACGCCCCACAGUCACCAUUUCUGCCCCGGAGAGCUCCAGGCUGGCAGCGCAGCCCCUUCCCAGGCUGAGCAUCGGGCGGAAGACCCUGGUGGCAGCUGCAGUGGGGGUCAUGCUGGUCCUGGUCCUGGUGGUCCUCAUCCCUGUGCUCGUCAGCUCUGUGGGUGCUGGUGGCACAGAUGACAGCGCGAGCCACUAUGAGAUGUUGGGUACUUGCCGGAUGGUGUGUGACCCCUUCCCCAGCACGGGCACCACAGGAACGGGAAUCCACACGGACACAUCAACCAGUGGCUUCCUGGUGGACAAUGAGGAAGACCUAAGCGAUCACAGCAUCGGCCCUUCACUGCCUACGUACAGCACAAAUGGCCCACAGGGAAAACCAGGACGUCCGGGCAAACCUGGACCUCCAGGACCUCCUGGAGAACCGGGUCCACCGGGCCCAAGGGGGCCACCGGGGGACAGCGGAGACAUAGUUCGGACGGGGAUCCUCGGAGCGGUUAGCACAACCACCUACAACACCACACCUCGAGUGGCGUUUUACGCAGGACUACGAAACCCCCAAGAAGGCUAUGACAUUUUGCGAUUCGAUGAUGUGGUGACUAACAUCGGGGGGAACUACGAGGGUGCGACGGGCAAGUUCACCUGUAAGAUUCCAGGGACCUACUUUUUCAUCUACAACGUGUUGAUGAGAGGAGGAGACGGCACCAGUAUGUGGGCUGACCUGAUCAAAAACAAUCAGGUCAGAGCCAGUGCUAUUGCCCAAGACCAAGACCAGAGUUACGACUAUGCCAGCAACAGUGUCAUACUUCAUCUAGAUGCGGGUGAUGAGGUUUUCAUCAAACUGGAUGGGGGCAAAGCUCAUGGGGGCAACAGCAACAAAUACAGCACCUUCUCGGGGUUCAUCCUCUACGCCGACUGACGACCGGGCAGAACAGGAGGCUUGGAGGUGAAAGGUCCCAGCUGCAGACAUUUACUUCCUGACUUCCACUUGGCAUUCUUGCAGUGAGGUUAAUGUCACAGUCACCGCUCCACAGUCUUUAAAGUAAUGUAGUGAUGAUGCACGCUGCAGUUUUGUAGUUUUUUUGCUAAUCUCUUAUUCUGUUUCAAUACAACAUGAAUACAUACUGGGUGCCUAUGCUGCUAACAUUAUGGACAUGUGUCAUGAGGUAGCAAUUGUGACAGCACAGAGAGGCCGUGCCAUCAUUCCUCAGCUGUCAUGUCAAAUUCAAGUCUGGAAAUCCCACAGUGGUGGAGGCCUCAGUGUUAGUAAAUGUGCUCUCUGGGUUUAUGUUAUGGUUAUGUCUUUGCUUUCACAUGCUGUCUGUGUGAUAAGAUGUUUUCCAUCAGUGGAGGAGGAGUCCUGCCUCAAGAAAUUUGUCAAAAAUUUGGAUGUAAGAAUGAGAUUAUGAUGUCUGAAUGCCAGAGUGUAAGAAAAGGUUUCAAUGUGAUGAUCUGAAAAGGCGUGUCAUAUAUUAGACCUACAUUACAUCACCUACAGCAUAUAUCGGCACCUCUGAUAAAGAUGUAGUAAAAGUCUUGAAAUAAAUCUUCAGUAGCAUAAGUUUCACAAAAAACUGCAGAAGGUUGUUUUUUUUUACUUACUUUAUGUAUUUAUUUCAACUGUAGAUAAUGUAAAUCAUUUUUUGCCUUAGUUCAGUUUUUAUGUUCUCUUGUCUUUUCCAUUCUGAAGAAGGCCUUCAUGUCAUAUAUUUUUACCCCAUGAAAACUGAAAGUCAUGGACCAAAAAUUAAAAACUAUAACUGCAAGCAAGGAGUUAUAUGUAGUCAAGCCUGCUUUAGCAAGUCUAGCCCUGUCCAUAUCCAUGUGGCCCAACGUCUUGGCAAAAACUGUCUCACUCAGGUCAACAUAUUGGUCACUGUCCAAGAAAAAACUCCCUAAAAGUCUUUUAAACCACAUACAGUAUCUAUGCCAAGCUGAAUUGUGCAGGUUGUUUAUUAGAUGCUAAGUCGCUAAGUGCUAAUCAGCCCAAGAUUAAUGUGCUAGGUUGAUUAGCACCUCAAUAUGUAGUGUUAUACCGUACACAAAUGGAAGCACAAAUCUUAAAGAUACUCAACAGUUUUUAUAGUAAAGCUCACAGAACAAUGUCUGUUGAAUCUCAUCGCAAAGAGACCCCAAAAAAUAUAAGUUGGCUUAAAUUGUAAUCUAAAAAGAAGUGUGACGUGUUUCAAAACAGUAUAAUAGCUUCUCUGAUACUCCGGUUAAGUCAAGGCAAGCUACACUGCUCACCCUGGAUUUGAUCCUCUCCAACAUCCUAAUGUAAGCUUUUCAAUAUAAGACAAGUUUAAUUUAAGGCUAUUGACACAUCUUUACCAGGAGAGCCAAUAAAAGUGGAGGGUGCUGUAUGUUAUAUUUGGCAUAUUGUAUAAAAUGUAAAUUCAAUAUUGACUCUGUAUCUCAAUACAGACAAAGCAUUAUCAAUCUUGUACAUUUUCUUGUGUUUCUAAAAAAAACUAUGUAUUGAUUGAUGACUGUGUGAUUUUAUUAUUUCAUGUGCAGGUUUAAUUAUUUGAUCAAUGCAUGCAAAGUCAAAAU